UAGAGAUUCCUUCAAUGUCAUUAAUUUGAUCUAUAAAUAGAGUGACAAUCAUCACCCUCCUCUUACAAAAUCACUAGUUUACACAUUUAAACUCUCAAAUUUCAAAUGGCUUCAAUUUUCAACGUUCUUUCCAUCACUCUCUUCCUUGCCCUAGUUUUGCAAGCUUAUGGAGAACGUUGUAAUUUGAGUAACAUUGAGGUUACACAAACCAAAACAUCAGGAUUAGUGUGGAAUGUUACUGUGACCAACAACUGUAUUUGCACUCAAACAGAAGUGAAGUUCAAUACCAAAGGGUUUAAGUCAAGCACACCUGUUGAUCCAGUAAUCUUUAGCCAAGAUGGUCUUCUCAUCCAAGGAGCACCACUUUAUGGAUUUAAAUCUGUUACCUUCACCUAUACUUCUGCUUCUGAGUUUAAAUUUACACCAAUUUCUUCCCAAGUUGCAUGUUCUUAGGCAUUUGAAUUAUGUCUUAAGGUAAACAAAAAUAAAGUAUUUACAGAUAUAUAGUUUUAAACCCGAUGUGACAAUUAUAUUAUACCUAUAAUAUUAAAUAUAUCGACUCAUAGUAUCUGUUA